UUUUAGACAGAAAAAGAACAUUACCAUCAUUUUAAUUUAAUUUUUUAUUUUUUUUCGCCAUUUCUUCAUCCUACUCUGUUACCUUAUACAUAAAACCCGAAAAAAAAUCAGUAUCAGGUCACAAACCAGUGUGUUAAGUGAAUCUAAAUAUAUUAAUAAUAAUCUUAAAACAAACCACCAAACUCCUACACACAUAACAAUUUUUAUUUUUUUUUCAGAAAAAAAUAACAUAAAAAAAGAUAUUCAAUCAAACCACACACACACACACACAUCAAGUAUCAAAAUACAACAUAGAUAAGAAGGAGAGAGAGCGAGAAUCUCUCCAUAGUGUGAGAGUGAUAGAAAUCGCUGUGAAAUUCUCUUAUCAACCGAGAUUCACAUUUCGACAGAAAAUCAAAUGAUCGUGUGAUAUUAUCAUGGUCAACAACUGCAACAACAACAACAACAACAACAUCAUCAUCAACUGUCAUCACGCCAUGAUCAUCAUCAGGCAACAACAACAACAACAACAACGAUCAGUAGCAACUAAAAUGAUGAUGCUGCUGUCGUUGUCUCGGAAUAAAAAUACCAUGAUUGGUUAUCAUCAUAGAUCACAUUAUAAAUCCAUCAGAUCAGUAAUGCCAUACAGUGGUCAUCUACUUAUUUCUAUGAUUUUAUUCUGCCUUUUCAUACGAACUAUUUAUACUGAUUCAGGUGGUACAUUAACAAUAAAUAGUCAACAUGAAGAUCAACGUGUUAUGGUCAAAGGUAUUGCCCAACAAUCAGCCUCAUUGCCUUGUUAUAUUGAUGAAGAGAAUUGUGGUGCCAUCUAUUUCCUUACAUGGAGUCGGCUUGAUUCACGUGAGGAUCGUUGGUCACGAAUAUGGGUAUAUUCAGAUGAUAAUGUUAAUAAAGCGCUUAGUUCAUUAACUGGUCGAGCCAUUUUUACUAAACAAAAAUCUGAAGCCCGUUUAGUUAUUAAUUCAUUAAAACCGUCCGAUGAAGCUUUUUACAAGUGCGAUGUCACCUAUGUAGCCGGUAAAUGUCCAUCAUUGACUUAUGUGCAAUUGAAUAUAAUCGCCAAACCAAGCCGUUCAUGGAUAGAACAUGAAGGCGAUAUCCUAUCGAAUGGUCAUCAUUUAUCAUUGACCGAAGGUGAUUAUCUUAAAUUGGCAUGCACUGUGAUCGAUGCACGACCAACACCGAUUAUUAUAUGGCGUUCGGUCGAUUCACGUGGUCAAACAAAUGAGCUUAUUAGAUCAACUACAAGUAGUGGCAGUGAUUCAUUCAUUGUAACUACAGGUACAUCCGGCGAUGAUAUUAAUUCUAAUGCCAGAAUGGAUCGUGCUACAUUAAUAUUAAAUAAAAAACUUUCACGUGAUGAUCUUGGUUCGAAAUAUGAAUGUCAUAUUGAACAUGAAACAAUUGGUAAUGGUACAAUGGAUAAACAUGUGGUUCUCGAUGUCAGUGUUGGUAUCAAAACAAUGGAAAUAAUCGGACCAAGUACAUCGGUACGUGAAGGCGAUAUAGCUGUGAUUGAAUGUGUGGCUUAUGGAAGUAAACCGGCUGCCGAAAUUGUUUGGCGCAAUGGUUCUAGGAUAAUUGAUGGACAUUCAAUACAGAAUACGAUCGAAACAAACAUUGAUCGAAUCACUGUCAAUAGUCGAUCAAAACUAGAGAUUAUUGUUGGUCAUCAGGAUCAUCUGAAUCCUAUCACUUGUGAAGCAGCCAAUGUAGCAAUGCGUACGCCCAUUAAUAAAUCAACCGAGAUAUCUGUACUUUUUGCACCAAUCGUUGUGAUGGAGCCUCAAAACGGUGUAACCGUAAAUGAAUCAACACCAAUGGUGAAGAUUUAUUGUACUUAUUUGGCUAAUCCUAGCCAAUUGUUAGAGAAUGAAACCAUAUGGUUUAAAGAUGGUCGUCGUUUAGAUAUAAGUGAUCGUAGCAGAUAUAUCAUUGAAUCAGUAACGAAUUCUCCUACGUUAGUUAUAAUGGAUGUAACUCGAAAUGAUACUGGCCAUUAUCAUUGUACAUUGGCCAAUACAUUUGGUUCUGGUGUGCCUAAUAGUUCCAUCUACCUGAAUGUGCUUUAUCCACCUAUUGUUUCAUUGUUUGUCUAUCCAAAUCCUUCAUCCUCCGAUUAUUUGCUCAAAGAAGGUGAUGAUUUACGAAUGGUAUGCGAUAUUCAUGAUGGUAAUCCCCGUUCAGCAUCACGAAUGCGAUGGCUCAAAAACAAUGGCGAAACUUUUAGUGAAUUGGAUGGUGAUACUAGUACACAAAAAGAAUUGUCAUGGCUUAGCAUACCUCGAAGUUUGACAGGGAAUUAUACUUGUCAAGCUAUAAGUGAAGCAGGAGCUAGUGAACUCAGUAAUGAAAUCGAAAUCAUUGUACAUUAUCCACCUGGUAAAUCGAUUAUACGUCUAUUGGAUGAACCACAUCCAAUAAAAGGAAGAAAUCUUACUUUAGAAUGCAUUGUCAAUGAUUAUGGUAGUCCUUCGGAUCAUACGGAAUACCAUUGGGAGAAUAGUGAUGGUAUGGUUUUUGAAUCUCGGCAACCGAUAUUGACAAUACAGAAUGUGCGUAUCGUGAAUCGUGGUAAUAUUUCAUGUUCGGCUGUCAAUGAAGUUGGAUUCGGUGCUCGAGGCCAAUUUGAAUUGAUUCCGUAUGCACCACCUCGUUUCAUCAAUCCUUUACCAGCUACAAUCGGUGUCAAUGAAGAUUUUCGUAGUUCUUCAUCAUUAGAAUCAUCAUAUAUGAAUUAUAAUCAAAAUGAAAUGAACACUGCCACAUGGAACACACACGCAGGUAAUGGCCAAACAUAUGGUUACGUGACUGGAAAUGAAUUGAAUGGCUUGAGGCCGUCAUCUUCUGAUAGUUCCGAUCUGAUCACCUUAUAUUGUCGUGUAGAAUGUUUUCCAUUAUGUUCACUACAUUGGUAUCGUAAUGAUCAACCAAUCGAUAAUGGUACAAAAAGCGAAUAUCGUAUUAUCGAAGAACAGCUACCGGAAGAAUUUUUACUCAACCGUUUUCCUGGUAUUGAAUCUACGCUCACAUGGAAUAUAUCGAAAUCUGGCCGCAGUAAAUUAGAUCGUGUUCGUGAUUCGGGCACAACAUUUUCCUGUGUUUCCAGUGGUAAUCUGGUAGGACCAUCCAUUCGUUCGGAUUCUAGAUUUCAAGUUGAAUAUGCGCCUGAGAAUCUUCGCCUAUCAUCAAUUCGUGUUGAUGUGAUUGAAAAUGAACAUUUACCAGAAAUACGUUGUGAUAGUGAUGCACUACCGGAAGCAACUUAUCGAUGGAUUUCAAAUUCAUUUUAUGAUAAAUUCACUGGCGUAAUUGCUGAUACGCCUAUUUUGGCCUUGAAUCGUACCAUUCAACGAGAUAGUGCCGGUACAUAUACCUGCAUUGCAUCAAAUCGACAUGGUGAAAAACGAAUCGAUCUACAAAUCAAUGUUCUAUAUCGUCCAUCAUGUACUAUAUAUGAAAGUAGAACAGGAAAAGAAAAUCAAGAUGUAGUACUUAUCUGUGAAAUAACAUUCGCCAAUCCAAGUAAUGGGCUAGAAUUUUUCUGGUCACUGAAUGGUACUGAAUUGAAUCAAACAUUUAUCGAUGAAUUAUCGCAUCAAGAUGGUAUGAAAUCCAAGAUAAUUAUACCGGCAUAUGAAGAACAAUUAUUUGGUACAUGGACAUGUUCAGCAAGAAAUACAGUCGGACAAACCGAUCCGAAUUGUACAUUAUUCGUUGAUGCACCAAUCGCUGCCGAAUCGGUUCUAGAUGAUGAAUCAUUAUUGAUCAUAUCAGCGGUCAUUGUAGCCAUUAUAUUCGCCUUUUUAUUCAUAUUGUUAUGUCUAAUAUUCAUGAUGAAACGUCGUCGUCAUAAAAACGAUAAAGAUAAACGAGAAAAUCCGGAUGGAGAUCGUUCACCAACACCAAGCUCAUCGACGAGUCGUGUUUCAUCCAAUCAAAAUGAUCUUAUAAGCCAAAAAAGUCAGGCAAGCUCUAAGAAAGCCACCGAAACGGAACGUUUAUCAUCAUCAAAUUCAUCAACAACGGCAACGAUGCCAACCUCCGGAGAUAUGUAUGAGAAUAUGACUUUUCAUAGAAAGCCGAAUUGCUUACCGCAUCUAAAUGGAAUGGCUGCUUCGUAUUAUCAUCAUCAUAAUCCAAUGCUUCCGCAAUCAUCACCAAUCACGGCUACACCUGCAACCACUUCAUCGAUAUCACCAAUUCCUCCUACCUAUGAUAAUGCAACCAAAACAUUGAAUAAUACAAUCGAAGCUUUUCGUCGUACACAAUCGGCAAGAUUCACCUCGAAUCAGAAUCUUGGUCUUAAUAUAUACAGUAUUUAUAAUGAUCCAUCACAAGCCUUGAUGUACACAGAUCUAAAAUUACCACCACCCCCAAUUGCAACUAAACCAAUGACCGAUGUGGCUUCAAUCGCUAAUCAUCAUAAUCAUCCUGCUCAUCAUCAAAAUCAUUCACAACAUCAACAACGAUUACCAACGAUGGCCAAGAAUCAUACAUUAGCUCAAUAUCAACACCAUCAUCCCAUUACAUCAUUUCAUUCAUCAACAUUGGCCAAAACAAAUACAAAUAAUAUGUAUCAACAAUUAGGACCAAUGAUACAAUCGAAUCGUACAUCACAACAUUAUCCAAAUCAUGUUUCUUCAUCACAAUCAUCAUCAUUAUCAUCAUCAAACAAUAAUAAUAACAAUCAACAAAACAAUGGAUCAUCAUCCGAUUCAUCAACACCACCAUCACUAUCAACAUCGAGUACGAACAGUAAUCAUUACAAUGUAACUAAUUCUACAACUACUAAUAAAACACACAGCAGUAGUGGUGGUGGUGGUGGUGGUGGGGUAAUACAUUCAACUCAAAUAAUUCACCAUACAUCCAUCAUACUUAUGAUCGACCUGAUUCGAUCAAACAAUCACAUUUAUCGUUCGCUAAAAGAAUGACCACCAUAUCGAAUUCAACUAAUCAUUCACCAUAUAUUGCUGGUUCCUUAUUGCCACCGACUGAUGAUUCUCGUUCA